UCCGCCCCUACUGGUCCUUCAGCCAGUGCAGCUGCUUCCGGACUUGGGUGUUCCUUACGCUCAGGGAGGCUGUAGGACCUCAGUGAGGCCGUAGGACCGACGGACCGACGCUGGGCCUGGGAGGAGGGGCAACAAGCUGAAGCACCCGAACGCCUGGGUCCUGCGCUUUGCCUCGCCAUUGGGAUCUCCGAGGACGCCUCCGGCCUGACCUUUCGGAGGUCGCGUCUCAGCUGCGUGCUUGGAGCACAUCCAGCCGUUUUGUAGGAGUCGUGGCCAUCUAAUUCAAGGGACGAACCUGCUCGCUGGAGUUCGCUGAACUCUUUCCUCCACCUUCCAAUAGGAGGCUUCGUAUUACGGAGAUCCUUUAAAUCAGACGUUCAGGAAUCCCCACAUCGGGAGCACCUAGGACCGGGGCGACCUUCCAACUACCUUCCUUCAUGAUGGUGUCCCCCAGUUUUGGGGACACCUUGGGGCGUGGCCUUGGUGAGUGAAACUUGGUGUACUGCUUGCUGGAAAGGAAGCCUGGAAACAGGGAGGACACUGUCGGGGUGACCCGGACCUUAUGAGAUCCUUAGUGUUGGACUCGUGUGUGAGGUGGUGGUGGUGAAUGAAUUUGGAUGUGCCACCUUUCUUUAUCUCACAACUAAAAAGGAAACAAGCUGCCUGCCUGCCCCACUAGAGGGUUCAUGACUAUUCAGGGAAGGGGGUAGCCACUUCUGAAUUCGGAAUACGAUUCUCCAAACAGAUACCUGCUCCUCUAAGCCUGAACAGACUGUUUUCUGAGGAGCCCCUCAAUCCCCAAACUGAGCAGUGGGGGCCCCAGAAUUUGGGGGCUCAUUACACACUCCAGUUAUGUUCCUCCGACGGCUUGGUGGCUGGCUGCCUCGCCCUUGGGGCCGCCGGAAACUCAGGCCUGACCUGCCCACCACAGAACCCAGACAGGUGAACAGUUCCUCUGAGAAUUCAGGGAGUGACUGGGACAGUGCCCCAGAAACCAUGGGAGAUGUGGGGCCUCCCAAGACGAAGGACUCAGGGGCCUGGAGUUCUGGAGCUGCUCCAGGACCAGGCAGGGAGCCUCAAGUUGAGCAACUGGGGAGCAGAAUGGAUUCCUUCAAGAGGGUCAAGACUAGCACCAGCACUCAAGAGUCUGGAAGACUGGAGGCUGCAGAGGCUAUUUCCAAGCUGGGAUGGGAUCCUGUGGACUCAGGUGGCACCAGGAAAUCUGGAAUGUCCCCUGAAGGGAGAAUGAACCCCCCUGGGCCUGAAGCGCCAGUGGAGAAGCCCAGCUGGCGCCGUCAGAAGCUGCUGGGCUGGCUGCGGGGGGAACCAGGUGGGGGAGCAGGGGCUUCCUCCAAAUACCUGGUGGGCCCAGAGGAAUGUCUGCAGAUCUCUACCAACCUGACCCUGCACUUGCUGGAGCUACUGGCCUCAGCCCUGUUGGGACUGUGUUCACGGCCACUGAGGGCAGCCUUGGAUGCAUUGGGCCUGAGUGGGCCACUGGGCCUCUGGCUUCAUGGGCUGUUGUCCUUCCUGGCUGCCCUGCAUGGGCUCCACGCUGUGCUAAGCCUACUUACUGCUCACCCUCUGCACUUUGCCUGCCUCUUUGGUGUUCUACAGGCCCUGGUACUGGCUGUUAGCCUCCGGGAGUCCACUGGGGAUGAGGAAGACACUGACUUGGAGGGUGAGAAGUUGGGGAGGGAAGGUGAGGAGCAGAGGGGAGAUCCAGGAAAGGGGCUGUGACUUCAGAGUAGGGUGUGACCCAGGACUCCUCAGUGGGCUGGGAGCAAGAGGCCACAGUGUGGCCUUUAGGAGGAGAGGGGGGACACAUUGUAAGCACAGGGACCUCAGGGACGGGAAAGAAACCCUAGAGUAUGAGGGCACAGGCCCCCACCUCACCCACAAGAGAGAAAAGCUGUUCAGGUUUAUGGACAGUGGGGGCAUGGCCCUUGUAUUCACCAGCUGUUAUUACUUUUUGAUUUUACAUUUCUCCCACCUUCUGUUUAUUUCUUUGUUUUUUUCACCUUCACUUUGUAAAGACAGAAAACAAAAACAGUGUGGUGGUGGAGAAUAAAGACUAAAAGGUC